AGUUAGUCUGUCGCAGUCCGGUAGUGUUUCAAAUCGAAAGUGUUACUAGUACAUUUCUUUCUUUUGAGAAAAAAUGAAAACCUACAAAAUCGAAUGAUCAAAUCGGAUACACAGCAAAAAGUGCUGUGUAUAACUGCUGCUCACUUCAUUACGUUACUGAAAAUUCAAAAUCCUCUAGAGGUAUAACUGAAAGGCGUAGUUAUAGGUGCCCUUGCCUGUCUCUGAACCUCCGGUACGGCAGAUGAGUUCGGCGGAUUCAAUAAAGACACUGUUGGCGGCUAGCGGCGGCGACACCGUGAAGCUCUUUGACCUCUCGUUGGAGCCGCGGGAUACCUGCAUUCUCACCUACACUCCCACGCCGGGAUUGCAAGUUAACUCUGUCAAGUGGAACCACACAAAUUUGGUGGUAGCAAGUGCCGGGGAUGACAAAAAGAUUUCUCUAUGGAGAAAGAAUGGACAGUCAAUGGGAACUAUUCCGGCAUCAGGCAGCGAUGGCGGUGAUGGUAUCGAGGAAUCCUUCACGACCAUUAAUUUUAAUAACAAAGGAUCAAGGUAUCUUUGUUCUGGAGGAAGUGGUCAAGUUGUUAGAAUAUGGGACUUGCAGCGGAAAAGAUGCAUUAAAUGGUUGAAAGGUCACAGCGAUACAAUAACCGGUGCAAUGUAUAACUGCAAAGAUGAGCACUUAGCUUCUGUUAGCCUUAAAGGUGAUCUUAUGCUCCACAACCUUGCUUCUGGGGCUAGAGCUGCUGAACUCAAGGAUCCUAAUGAGCAGGUUUUGAGAGUGCUUGACUAUUCUAGGAUUAGUAGACACCUGUUGGUUACAGCUGGUGAUGAUGGAUCUAUUCAUCUUUGGGAUACAACUGGCCGCAGCCCUAAGGUUUCUUGGUUAAAGCAGCAUUCUGCCCCAACUACUGGCGUUAGUUUUUCACCAUCAAAUGACAAGAUUAUCACUAGCGUUGGUUUGGAUAAGAAGCUCUACACGUUUGAUUUAGGGUCUAGACGGCCAGCAUUAUGCAUUCCUUAUGAGGCACCGUUUUCUUCGCUUGCAUAUACAGAUGAUGGAUUAACACUGGCAGCUGGGACGAGUAGUGGCCGGGUGGUAAUUUAUGAUACUCGUGGGAAAUUACAACCUUUGACUGUUCAACGUGCCUAUGGAAAUUCCGAGGCUGUCACUAGUCUUUGCUGGCAAAGAUCAAAGCCCAUCUUUGUAAAUGAAAACAACUGCACCUCAGAGAUAGCUCUCUUGGGAACUUCAGUGGAGGAUUCAGUUCUAAUGCCCGACCCACUUCCUGCAUUCACUUCAUCAACGCUUUCAACAUCCACAACAUUAUUAGGUUCUCGAGGUACUGGGCCCAUGUUAGGCACACGCUUUACCCCUGAGGAGUCACCGGUUAGAAAUGAUUCGUGGAAGGGUGCUGGAGGUUUGGGCAGACUAAACGCUCCCCGUUAUAACGUUAAGGAUGAUAUGGAAGUUUUCUCCCCACUUGUUGAUGUUCAACCAAUAACUCCCUCACUUAAUAAGUUGUGGGAUGAGCAUGGCAUUGUAAAGGACGGUGAUAAGACCACAACAUUUUCGUUUCCUUCUGCUAGGAGAUUCCCUCUUCUAGAUGAAGGUGGGAGUGAUAACCCGUCAGUGUUUGAUUGGAAACCUAGCUCAGUAUCCACACAGGAUGACAUCCGUUCCCUUCCACACCUGGCUUCUUCUGCUCCUUCCCAGCCGGAAGCUUCUUCAUCAUUAACUCCUACUCCAGAAGCUUGGGGUGGUGGUGAGAGAUUUUCUGAGAGAGCCCACCUUCGUCAAUCCAGAUUUGCAAUGCCUACUUCAAGUAGUAGCCUCCUUGCAUCAGGAACAUCGUUUUCUGGAUUUCAAAGUACUUCAUCAAUUUCCAGCCUGGGAUUGGAUAAUUUGCGUGUCAGGGAAACCUCAAAGGAAGAUACUUCUUUGGGAACUGCAGUUCAUGUUCCUUCAAGUUCUCCAUUUUUUCAGGGCAAUCUGGACUCUCUUGGUCCAGCAUCAUUAUCAGUGCCUCGAAGGCUUUCCAGUUAUGCAGAGAGAAUUAGCAGUGCACCGUCACUCAGUUCACUCAGUGAUGGAACUCUGUCUGUCGGUUCGCCCAAAACCAAGAAAACUGGUGCUGAAACGAGGGAUGAGCUUUUACAAAGCUUAUUGUCAAGGUCUGAUGUUUCUUCAUCACCCAAAGCAACUGGUGUUUUCCAGUCAAUGAAUGGCGAUGUGAAGACAUAUAUGAAAAACAACACUUCUCAGCCGGACUCACAGCAGCAGGGAAAUUCAUUUACCCUACAGCUUUAUCAACGUACCCUUGAAGAAACUCUUGAGUCAUCCCACAAAUCCAUUCACACGGCCAUGAGAGACAUCCACAUUGAAAUUUUAAGACAAUUUCAUAUGCACGAGGUUGAAGUGUCUGGUGUUAUGAAUUCAAUCCUGGAAAAUCAAGCAGAGAUUAUGAGGGAACUACGGUUACUUAGGGAAGAGACCCAACAACUCCGCCAACAAUUGUUUUAACCAGUCUAAAGUUCUGUAGAAAUAUAUCGCUCAGAGUUGUGCUUUUCCGUUAGGAUAUAUAUAGUUGUUAUUAGUCAGUUGAUAUCCUUCAAGUGUGAUUUUGAAUGGGUCCACAUAUUCCAUUAGUUAGUUACUUAGUUAUUGAGAAACCAUUUCGAUUGCAAAUUGCCAAUUGUAUCCGCUCUUUUUGUUAUGGGCUAAUGCAUAUUUCAGUCUUCCAACUAUUGUCAUUGUAUAAUUCCCAAUGUUUUAUUCCAACUGGAAGGGGAAUCGAGGAACGGAUCCUACAAUGUAACUCGAACGGUCGAACCAAUUCAGCGAGACCUUGCACUUCCG